AUCGGGGCACGCCAAUAAAAUUAUUGACGAUGCCAAAAAUAUCUGGCCUGGGAAUUUCUAACUUGGACAUUGUAGUUUCCUCGUCCAGUAGCAACACGAUCCGCGUUGAUUCCAAACUGAACAUGCCGAAGAUCAGCACGCAAAUUAGGACCUCCAUACACAACACGCAGAGUUUAAUGGCCUUCAACCCGGAGUCCCAGCCUGAAGUGCCCUGGUUCAAAGACUCGUGCAAGCAGAAUCUCGGAGGCUGUUCUCACAUGUGCAUCAGCAUUUACCAAUCGUCUUCCCCACUGUCAUCAUCAUCGUCAUCAUCAUCGUCAUCAUCAUCGUCAUCAUCAUCAUCAUCAUCAUCGUCGCCAUCGCCAACGUCACCAUCUUCAUCUUCGUCAUCGGCGGCAGCAGCAGCAGCAGCGAAUGUUAGGUGUUACUGUCCGGCCGCGCUUCAAUUGGCGAAAGAUUUGAAGACCUGCAUUAGUCGCAACAACAUACGCAACGGUUUUGACCAAGGAGAACAUGGAAGGAAUGGUAGCAUCCUUCUAACGAGAAGAGUCAACCUGCUGUCAGUCUAUCGAACUUAUGAAGCACGUUUUUGGGAGGCUGGAAACUCCAUGUGUCCCAACUCCACCUGCCCGUCUGGUGUUGAAUGUGUCUCUAUCAGUCGGAAUAGUUUCAGAUGCAAAUGUCCCCCAGGAAUGAAAGGCCUGCUGUGUUUGACGGACGAACUGCCGGAAAAAUCGGGGGCCAGCAUAGGGACUGCAUUGAUAUCCGCAACAUUCGCCUUCGUCAUCAUCAGCUCUUUACUGUUUGCUGUUGUAUUUUCCGUCAGAGCUAAGAGAUUAGUGCAGAUGGGUCACAGAUUAGACAGGUCGGCGGUGAAGAUGAUCAUAUUUAACAGAGGCAUCCAACAGGCAGCCCCAUCCAAAGGGCACAAAAAACUCGUGAACGAGAAAGAUGAUGGAGAUUCGUUCGUCAGUCAGGUCGUAAUAAGCAAGCAAGAGUCGCAGUCAC